AGAGAGCCUGAUAACGCUUCGCAUUGUACUGCAUGUGCUGUGAGCAAUGGCCACAGGCGCAGCCGGUAACAACGUUUUGUUGGGAGCGCUUCCUGUUCAUUUCGUGUGAUUUUAAUGUGUUAUCCUCUCUUUUUUUCAACGUAAUAAAAAAACAUUUAUUCAGACUAUUUCGUGUGCAUUUUGAAACCAUCUAUCAGUAUAGCUAGACAGUUUCGCGCCCGGCCGCCGCACGACUCUAGUGGCCACUUCUAUCAUUCCCCAUAUUAUUGUAUGUAUGGAGUACACUGGCUUGACUCAGCCCGUGUGUUGUACAGUGGCACUGUGGCUUUGCUACGGGAAACAGUGCCUACGGCGGUCCGCUAGCAGCAUCGAUGAACCUCGCGGCACGUGACUGGAAAAGCAGCCCGACUACGGCUCGGCAGCUGGGCUUCACAUGCAGCACGCCUGGGGUUCGCUGCACCGUGUCACCAGCCCAAACACCUCACUUGGAUGAGUUGCAACCUGAGAUGCGUCGUACGGUCAAUGACCAUGCAAACACUUCAUGGGGUGUUGCAGUGGUUGGCAGUGCUGUCAUUCUGUUUGCCACAGGCGUGUUUUGCACCUCGGGCCUUUUCUAUGUCUACUUCGUGGAUACGUUCUGCGUGAGUCGUGAAGCCGCUUCGUGGCCAGCCAGUGUAAUGGGCGUGACACUUACCUGCUCAGCCAGCGCUAUCAUACAGCUGGGAGAUUCCACGAUGGAUCAAAACAGGUCGUCAUGA